UCGGCAGGUGUGCGUGCGCGUGCGCGUAUGUGUGUGUGUGUGCGCGAUCGGACGGCGUGGCCGUCGCGGCGUAGCGUAAUUCGGUCUGGCGUUCAGCUUGCGUGCCUUUGAGAGGUUGUGCACAUCUAAGCGACACGAGAAAUGACGGCGCACGAUCAAAUGCGAGCUUUGCUCGACCAGUUAAUGGGCACAGGACGAAAUGGUGAAAAUAACAAAUUUCAAGUGAAAUACUCCGACACGAAAGUCUGCAAGAGUUUUUUGCUGGCCUGCUGCCCCCAUGAAAUUCUCUCCUCGACGCGCAUGGACCUGGGAGAAUGCCCCCAGAUUCACGACUUGGCCCUACGGGCUGACUACGAAGCUGCCCAAAAGAAGAGAGAUCACUUCUAUGAUAUUGACGCGAUGGAACAUCUUCAGAAUUUUAUCGCCGAUUGUGAUCGUCGGACAGAGCAAGCGAAACAGCGGCUGGCGGAAACGCAGGAGGAACUGAGCGCAGAGGUUGCGGCAAAGGCGAACAACGUCCAUGUGCUCGCCGAGGAGAUUGGUAAGAAACUAGCCAAAGCCGAACAGCUCGGCGAGGAAGGCUUUGUCGAAGAAUCAAUGAAGCUGAUGGGCGAGAUCGACGAGCUGCGCAAAAAGAAGAACGAAGCGGAACAAGAAUAUCGAAACAGCAUGCCGGCAUCGAGUUAUCAGCAACAGAAGCUUAGAGUGUGCGAAGUGUGCAGCGCGUAUCUUGGAAUACACGAUAAUGAUAGACGAUUGGCGGAUCAUUUCGGUGGAAAGUUGCAUUUGGGCUUUAUCAAGAUCCGCGAAAAGCUCGCCGAACUCCAGAAGACUGUUGAGGAGAGGCGCAAGGAGAAACGGGAAUCUAUGCUCGAUAGGAGGCGGGACAGAGACAGGGAGGACCGCGACAAAGAUCGCGAUAGGGAUAGGAACCGCGGAGGAUUGGGCUACAGAGACCGCGACAGAGAUCGCGACCGCGACCGUGACCGCGAUCGAGACCGAGACCGUGACCGUGACCGCGACCGUGACCGUGAAUCGCGUAUCGUGAUCGCGAUCGCGAACGCGACCGUG